ACUUUCCCGCGUAAACCCCUGCUCAUUCAUUAAAAGCGUCCUUUAAACCCACGUGUUUUCAUGCGUGCGUGUAAACACAAAAUUGUGUUCGUGUUGCAUCAGGCUCUAAGCAAUGAAGUAUUCACUGUAAACAUUUCUUAUUUAGCACGCGAAGGGAACGAAAAAGAAGAAGUGUAAAUUAUUGUUCAAUUACGGAGCCCAGCAGAGUUUACAAGAGUGACUUUAAUCACACCUGUCGAUACCACAAUGCCAGCUGAAUUGUCACCCUAUGAAGUCCAGCGUCUGAAGAACAUCGAGGAAAACAAGCGUGUGCUAAAGGAACUAGGCUUGUACAAACCGUUUCAGCUUGAGCCAAGGAACAUUCAGAAGCGUCCCAAGCAACUCACCCGUAAACGUAAGCAGCAAUCCGAAAGCCCCGUACCCAGUAAACUCCUGCUGCAGAGGCGUGGUUUAGACGAAGAGGCUGGAAGCUCCUUUGCAUCUGGUGUGCGGAAAUCCAGACGGUUAAUUGGACUGAAACCUCGGACUGCUGAUGAGGUUGAUGCUGACCUGUCCAAGGCUGAUCCAGACGCAGACUAUACGCCCACCAAGCCAGUCAGAAGAGAGAAUUCAUUUGGCGCUAUUGAAGGUGUAGAGGUUGGUCAGGAAUGGAUGAUGCGGAUUGACUGCUCCCGAGAUGGCAUCCAUCGGCCCACAGUGGCUGGUAUCCAUGGCAACGAGGAAGAGGGAUGCUACUCAUUGGCAUUGUCGGGUGGCUACGAGGAUGAUUUGGACCUCGGAGAGAGUUUCACGUACACUGGAGAAGGUGGUCGUGACUUGAAGGGAACGAAGGCUAACCCUAAGAAUCUACGCACAGCACCACAGUCCAGGGACCAGACACUGACUAGAGGGAACCUGGCACUCACCAGGAAUAUUGAGUUUAAGCGUCCUGUGCGUGUGAUUCGUGGCUACAAGUUGGACAGUCCGUAUGCACCAGAGGAGGGCUACAGAUAUGAUGGUGUGUACAUGGUUGAGAAAUACUGGUUCACCACUGGCCUCUCUGGCUUUGGUGUCUACAAGUUUGCCCUCCGUCGCUGUGAAGACCAAGCCUCACCUCCUUGGGAGGUGGUUGAACCUAGCAGCCCUGGGAAGAAGUCCGACAGUGCCUACAGCAGCCAGUCAGAGCGGGAGACUAGUGAUGCUGGGAGUGAGCCGGAUAAAGGCCAUAUUGACAGUGAUACUUCAGAACUCUCGCCCGCUAGCAGUCCUGCCUCGUGUCCUGAAACAUCCUCCUUUUCAGAGGCUCAAUAGGAAGACCAGCUCAUCAAGGAGAGAGAUGCCAUGGUCGCGGUGGAAAACACCCAUUGAAUUUUUCAAUUUUCACAUGUUCGUGCCAGUGCUAUAUUUUUUGUACUUGUAUAAUAUACCCAUUUUAAAGAAAUUUGUAAUUUCAAUUCGACCUUUAUAAUUGCAUAUUUGCCAGUGUUGAUGUUAACAGGUUAAAGGUUUGUCUUUAAAGUUUAACUCAUUUCUCACUCAUACCUAAUCUUAAAAUUUUUAAUGCCUUUCUGGUGACAGAUUUAUAGAACACAAUAUUAUUUUUAAAGUAGUCAAGUAGAAAUAAAUUGUAGAAUGGAAGAUAUAUUCUGUGGUGUUCAGUUUGUAGAUGUGAAAUGAUUAGAAUGUUCAGAAGGCCUGAUGUUUGAGCUCAGUAGAAUUUUUUCUUUAUGCUAAAAGACAGAUUGGGGUAGGUUUGUGAGGAGAAGUUUAUGCAAGGAAGGCUCGACUCCAUUUAGUAGUUUCUAACUAGCAUUUUGAUUUUAAUUUGAAUUUUGGUUGUCCUAUACCUGUCAUGAAUUUGCUUUCAUUUAUAACUGUAUUUGUUGGUGAAGCCAUUGCAUGUUUAUUAAAGUCUAAAAUUGAAAUAAAAUUUGUAUUCAUGUACUUCCAAA